AUGUCGACACUAUACAAUCUCGAACCUCCGCCAACGGCCAAGGUCCUACUCAACACAACCGCUGGUGAUCUCGUCGUCGAAAUCUUCGCCAAACAAGUCCCUCUUGCAUCUCGCAACUUCCUUCAACACUGUCUGAACGGCUAUUACGAUGGCACAAUCUUCCACCGUCUGGUCCCAGGCUUCAUCAUUCAGGGCGGUGACCCUACUGGAACUGGCUCUGGUGGUCUGAGUGCUGUCAAUGAUGGCGCUCCUUUCGCCGACGAGUUCCAUUCGCGACUCAAGUUCAACCGCCGUGGUCUGCUGGGCAUGGCAAACUCUGGUGACAAGAAUGACAACACUUCGCAAUUCUUCUUCACUCUGGACAAGACCCCUGAGCUGCAGGACAAGAACACCAUGUUUGGCCGUAUCGAGGGAGAUACCAUUUACAACUUGAUGAAGAUGGCCGAGGCCGACCUGGCUGAAGACGGCUCAGACAGACCGCUAUACCCUACAAGAAUCGUGUCUACGGAAGUCCUCCUCAAUCCUUUCAGUGACAUGGUCAAGCAAGCCUCGAUCGCCAUCUCUACAGCACAGGAAACAAAGGCUCCCAAGAAGAAACGCAAGGCUACAAAGACAUUAUUGAGUUUUGGAGGUGAAGAUGGAGAAGAACCUGCUGUACCAGUCGUCAAGAAAGUAAAGGUCAAUCCAAACUUCACCGCUGCCGAACCACAACAGCCAGAAGUCCAGAACAACUCUGCCUUGCCAAAGGCUCCUCCGCAGCCAAAGCAAGAGAAGCCCGCCCGUAAACCAUCUCCUGCCAGAUCACUCUCGCCUCCUCCACCAGUACCAGCGACAAGUCACGCACCUGCUCCCUCGAAGAAACCCGUGCCCGCACAAUCUCCUUCACCAUCACCUACACCCUCUCCCGAACGCCGCAAACCCACCGCCCUCGAACGCACCAACGCCGAAAUCGCACAACUCAAAGCCUCGAUGAAACGAACGACAACAACAACCUCAGCCCCCGAAAAGAAGCUUUCCGCUCUCGAAUCCAUGAUCCCGGCCUCAGCAACACGCGGCCGCAAACGAGGAAAAGCANAAGAAGACGCUUCCUCGCUUUCAACCUUCAACGCCUUCAAGAAGCGACUCGAAAAACUUCCCGCCGAGAAAGUCUCCACCACUACAACAUCUACAACAACAAUACCAGACAGCAAACAACCAACAGAAUCAGCAAUGGACACGGAAGAAAAACUAUGCGAUCUACACUUUAUCGCCAAUUGCCAGAGUUGCAGUACUUGGCAUGACGAGGAUGAAAAUGCCGAAGAAGAGGACGACAACGAUACUACUUGGAUGUCUCACGCCUUGAGUUUUGCAAAAGAUACGUUGGGCAAGGAUCUAGAAUGGAAAAGAAAAAUGGAAGAGUUUGAAGUUAUUGAUCCGAGAGAGAAGACGAGAGAGAUUGUGGGAGACAAGGGGAAGAAAGGGAAAGAGUGGGAUAGAGAAAGGGAGAGGAAGGGUAAGGGAAGGGCUUGA